CCAGCACCAGUACCCCCAAGAGGGUGGUGAUUACCAAAGGGACGGCAACUUUGGUGGAGGCCGUGGCAGAGGCGGCUCCUAUGGCGGCAGAGGCCGUGGAAGGGGGCGUGGCGCCGGAAGCAACCGUGUCUUUCAGGAUGCCAAUGGAGACAGUUUCUACCGUGAUGGCUAUCAACGUGUCUACAUCACCUAUGACCGUCCAUCAUAUGGCAAUGGCAAUGGCAAUGGCAACUACAACAAUGGCAACGGAGGUGGCUACAGCCAAGGCCUCGACUCUAACCACGGCAAUGGCGGUGAGGGCCAGCGGUACAGCAAGGAUGACAAGCAGUACAGGAGGGAGCACCUUCAGUACAGGCCUAAGAGCAAGCCAUCCUCUGUGGCUGCUUCUGAUGUUGAUCACAAAUCUGAAGGGAAUGCCGAGCCUGCUGCUGCUGAGGCAAAGCAGGUCGUAGCCCCUGCCGCUGAGAAAGUUGUUGAAGCUGUCCCUGCUUCUGAAUCUGAUAAGUCUACUACAGGGUAGGUUC